AUGGAACAACUUCAACGACUUUGGGAGUGCAAUAUUACCGCAAAUAUUUUUAACCACAGUGAAGAUCCGUGCGGACAAGGCGUCGUCCGCCGAAACAUGGUCGCCGAGUUCAUUCUGAGUCAGCAGCAACUGCUGAGCGCGGGCGCAGGCGCAGCCCUGGGCCCGUCGCCGACACCAUCACGCGUGCCACCACCGCCGCGUUCCAGACUUUCUGUCUCACCACACUUCCCCAUGGAUCAACCACCCAGCUGCCCGUCUAACGGCAGCCCCGGAGACCCUCAUGACUACGGAAACUAUGAAUUUUCAAAAAGGAAGGAGUUCUUCGGACAACGUAAGCAGAGGGAAUUUAUUCCCGAUAGCAAAAAAGAUGAUGGAUACUGGGACCGCAGGCGGCGCAACAAUGAAGCCGCCAAGCGCUCCCGUGAAAAGCGUCGCUUCAAUGACAUGGUUCUGGAACAACGUGUUGUUGAACUUUCCAAAGAAAACCAUGUAUUGAAAGCACAAUUGGACGCAAUUAAAGAAAAAUAUGGAAUAUGUGGAGAAAAUCUCAUUAGCAUCGAUCAAGUACUGGCUACCUUGCCAACAUGUGACCAAGUUCUCUGUGUAACUAAGAGGAGUAAACUAUCAGGCAGUGCGCUUUUCCCACCAGCACCGCCACCACCCCCACCAGUACCACCAGCGUCACCACCAUCUCCUCCACCACAACGUGCACCAGAACCUUAUCAAGAAAGGCUCCCAGCACCCGAGGCGUACUACCCUCACCCCGCACACUAUGAACCGCCCGGUUCCGUCCUAAAUCUCUCAAGAUCUCGCCGAGCUCCUUCGCCAUAUGAAUUAUCAUCCCUCUCCGGCUCAGGAGAUGAAACAGCCGAGCAGUAUGCCCCAGAAAACAAUUGCCUUCCUCUCAAACUUCGUCACAAAUCACAUCUUGGUGACAAAGAUGUUGCCAGCGCCCUUUUGUCUCUGCAACACAUCAAGCAAGAACCCGGGCCCCGUUCCUCACCUUCCUGGGACGGUGAGGGCUCAAGCGACGAGAGAGAUUCUGGGAUUUCUCUCGGUGCAGAAUACAGACCACCUAGAUCCGAAGAAAGACUAGCUGAAGAGGAGGAUGCGCAUUUAAAGGCGGAACUCGCGCGGCUCGCUACUGAGGUGGCGACACUAAAGAAUAUGAUGCACCAAAAUAAGGCGCGCGGUCUCGAACAU